CAACACGGAUACGCAUGGAGCCUCCAUCACCUCCAGUCCAUUUUACGCACCGAGUCCGAUAAUGCGCACAGGUAAAGGGACCCUAAUCGACAUAUUUUCAGUCGCUUUACUGAGCUACUAAUCAUGUUUUAAGGACUAAUAUGAAAGAAGUGGAUGUAGAGGUUUGAUAAAGCCAAGAAAGGAGGCAUAUUUUUUGUGGAUCGUUCUUGUUUUCCAUCCCCGAGCGUCAGCAUGGAUGUCUUGGCGAACCACAGUAUCUUUCAGGAACUUCAACUCGUUCACGACACCGGCUACUUCUCUGCCAUGCCUUCGCUGGAGGAAAAUUGGCAGCAGACCUGCUUAGAAUUGGAGCGUUAUCUGCAGACAGAGCCCAAGCGCCUGUCUGAGCUCUUUGACCAAGACUUUGAUGGACUCCUAACUCCAGCCUAUCUGAAGGAGGAUGGAGAAGAGGAACUGUCAGACACCCUUCUACCCAGUCUGCCAACCCUCACUGAGCCUCUGAGUCCACCUCCAGUCAUCCUCUGCCCGACGCGGAAGAACUUUUCCACCACUGGUGCAAUGAGAAGAGACCCCAAAACCAAAGGACAGGGGAUGGAAAAUGUGGAAGGGACGGAAGGAGUCCAUCAGGCUCAGCUGAGUGCCGUAACCUCACUGACGCCCCCGUCAUCACCAGAACUGGGCCGGCACCUUGUCAAAUCCAAUCAGACGCUGACGGCAUCAGCUGAUGGGACGCUUACCUUGAAGCUGGUAGCCAGGAAGGUGGGCCUUAGCGCGGCUCGACUGGUGGCGGGUCAUGCACUUCCCGUCCGGGUGAAGGACGAAGAAGAGGGGGCUGCAUGUGUGAUUGGGGUUGGAGAGCUACCGGAGAACAAGAAGAGGAUCCACCGUUGCCAAUUCAACGGCUGCAGGAAGGUUUACACCAAGAGCUCCCACCUAAAAGCCCAUCAGAGGACACAUACAGGUGAGAAGCCGUACAAGUGCUCGUGGGAGGGCUGUGAGUGGCGAUUCGCCCGGAGCGAUGAGCUGACGAGGCACUACCGCAAACACACCGGUGCCAAGCCUUUUAAGUGCAACCAUUGUGACAGGUGUUUCUCACGGUCGGAUCAUUUGGCGCUACACAUGAAGAGGCACAUCUGAGGGAUUCAAGAGAGGUCAGUGGAAGAGAGGGGAAGAGGAUGGAGGUGGAAGAAGGAGAGGGAGCUUUAUCUGCAGAAAAAUAACAUGAAUGUUGUCAAAGAGACAGCGGGAUGGACUCAAAGAAACGCCAGAUUUAGUGGCCACAGAGACGCUGACUACAGACAAAAACUGAUCCUAAGUGGCUCCGUCAAUCUGUGCCCAGCCAGUUCGUUCAUGAUUCCACAGUGUCACGUUUUCAUCUCACAAAUGUCCCCCUGUGUCAUUAUGUGGACUAUACAGAUGCUUCAUCCCACCCUUUGUAUGUGUCGCAGAGGUCGAUCACAUGAUGAGUGGUGAACCAUGUGCCCUUAGUUGGCAGCUCUUUAUUUUAAUCAUCCUUGUGUUUUUUUUUUUUGUUUUUUUUUUUGCAGUGGUCCCUUGGUGAAGCACUUCUAAAAGUUCAUGCAAGCGAGGAUACCAAUGCCAAACUGGACUGGUUGUACAACAUUUUUUUGUGUAUUCAAGAUUUCAAGAUUUCCUCCUCUAGAAUGCUCAUUUCUGACAGUAGCUGAAGCAAGCAAGCACUCCAUCCAACUUGCCACAGCCUUUACAGAUCACCAAAGGGUUUAUUUUCUCAUGUAUUGGACAAACAAUAAUUUGACAUUUCUUCAUCCGACUUCUGUCACAUCCACCAACUGGAUCCAUUUAUAAAUCUGUCCGGUUUGAUGGCAUCGGAGCACUUGUUUGAAUGGGGUGUUAGAUUGGAUUUCCCGAAGACGUGAAGGUGGGAAUGUGUUGAGCUGAUGUGUUGCAAAGACUGAUUGAGGUCAUCCAGGGGACUGGCUUGCUUUUUGAGCAUCAUCCAUUGCGGGUUACCACUGGAUGAGGCUAACUAAUCUACUCUGGGAAAGACUCCUGGAAUGUCAGCCGAAGCUGAGUGUCUCAAGAGAUGGCUCCUAAGAGUGUUUUUUCCUCUCUGGGAUCUUGACUCUUACUUUGUCAGAAACUGUUGCACAAUUGACUCUUUAAAAACUUUUUGUAAAAAAAAGCAAAAAAAAGCAAAAAAAAGCUUCAUUGUCUUGAACUAGGAGACAAUUUGGAAGUCACCAAAUGCUGGCUUUCACAUGCCAUAGGAGCAUGGACAGCCACAUGCACAAGUCAAAGCAGCAAGUUGACUGUGAUAGCACAUGGAACACAAACAAGAUCACUAUGUAUGUGAAGGCUAUAUGGUUUCAAAGAAAAGAUUCUCAUAUUUGUUCGAAAAACACAAAAAGAUCACUUUGAAGAACUCAUUGGAAAUGAAUGCAACAAAAAACAAACAAAACAAAAACACAAAUGUGUACUGUAGAUGCCUGAAAUGAUCUCUUUGGCCUUUGAGAGUGAUUGGCACCUAACUAGUCAUUGGGUUGAGGAGGGAUUCGUCCUGUUCACACCACCCAUAGAGAAUUCUUCCAGUUCAGCAACUUUCAGACAUCAUUUCAGAAACAAAACAGCAUUUAAUAGCUCUUUGAAUCUGGCCCUAUGCACAUCCAAUAACAUUCCUGCCGGCUUCCUGACCAACAUGAAUGCAGAUUUCUACCCUGAUGGAUAUGGAAGGACUUAUAGGGAGAUCAUAAGUGACACAAAUUCAGUCAAUUAGGUGGCUCUUCUCAGAGUAAAACAAUGUAAAUGUAUCUGUUGCAAGUCUGAACAUGUUGCCAGGCCCAUGACAGCACUUGUGUGUGGUUGGUAAGAUCAUACCAGAGACCAUUUGUGUUCAACCUUUCUCUUUUUCAUAUUAACAAUGAAUAAUUUGACUUUGCAUAACUAGCUAGUCAUGGCUGGUAACUUUUGGCAUUUUGCUAGUCUUACUGGACCAGCAGGAGGUCAUGAGUGCAGAUUUCCAGUGGGUGGCUGAGAUGGGUUUAAGGCAGGAUGGAUUUGCUCAGUCAGCAGUGAUAACUGCCCCAUCAGCUCAUGAAACUGCAGCCGAGUGAAACUCACACACGUAGAGUGACGCAUACAUUCACUCCUAGAAAACUGGAAUUAGAAUUUCUCUGUGUGACCUGACUUGUAUCAGAGAGAACAAAGACAGAAAAAAUCCAGUUCUUAGACAACAUGUCUUUAAUCCGCAGAUACUUUUUUAGAUGAACAUGUGAUCAGUUCAAGUGCACACAAAUCAAACAGGCAGCUUGGACAAAAGUAGAUUGUUAAAAUACUGACAAACUUGUCAAGGUGUUUAUUGUUUAUUUUAAAAUGCUUAAAACUUCGAGGCCAAAUGAGAUGCAGAGCAGUCUGCAUUUUGGCAAGGGAGACACAAAACUGAUUUCUUACUAUGUACCAGAGGCACAUUUCAAUUUUGGGUAUAAAUGCAGAGCAGCUCAAUCAUAUCUAGACAUGGUCUACCUGCAGCUCUGAAGAUGGAUGCUGUAUCAAGUCGCGCUUCACAUAAAAAGUGAGCUCAGUCUUUCUUAAUGUGGAAACAAGCCUUGGUUUCUUAUAUUAAGCAAGCCGGAUCUCACGCCCAACUUGUCACAUACUGCCACUGGGUACCAUUUAGCAUUUUUUUUAACCUGCUGGACAGUUGACAGACCUUUAAAAAUCUGAUGCCAUGAGUCCGCUGCCAAUUGUUUUCUGUUGGUAUCAUCACUAUUGGUCCUUUUCAGGCACUAAGAAAUUUGCCUUCUAAAAUGAGCUUAAUGAGGCACACUAUGAUCUUUUCCUAAAUUUAACAAAAUGUUUUGGGGCCUAAACUUAACCAGUGAGUGAACUACAAACACUCAGUUGUUGUUGAAAUUAUGCUACUUUUCUGGUCCUUUAGAGUCCACAUGGAAGAUGGAUGUGCAGUAGCUCGCAUCUAUCCAUUCAAUUUCUCUCACUCACAAAGAAAAUAUAGCACCAGGCUAAUGAGGCUGUUUAAAACUGGACAAACUCUUGUUACUCUCACUAAUCUUUGAUACAUCAGUGACUCUGACAAAACGGCAGUAUUUGGCAAUCUGGGAAUGAAAACUGAUUGAUUGAGCACAUCGGGUGACCACAUUAGAAAACAACUGACGCAAGUUUUAACUGCUGGUUUACUUUAAAGAAGACCAAAAAUUCUCACGAGCCAUCUAGGUUGCAGCUACAACACGAUCAAUGCAACUUGUCACUCUUUAUGUUUGUUAAUAAAUAUUAGAGAUUGCGUUGGGAGAAAAUAUAAAAAUGUUUAGUUCUAAUUUCAGAACAGGCUAGGAGGUCUGUUGUUCUCCUGCUUUAGCCAAACUCUCCAUAUGGAAGAUAAAAUGAAGAAUAGCAGUUUAACCUGCGGGUUAAAACUGCAUCAUCAAUGGCAGCUGUACUUGUGUGUUUCAGUAUUUCAGUGGAUAACUCUAUUGUUGAACUGAACUGCUGUGAAUGUGUGGGAAGAUGGGGAGUGUCGUUUAUUUUGCUAUUUUUGUUCAUGUUCAGUCGAGGAGAGCUGAGGAUUUUGGACUGAUUUUCAUGUAGACUUGAAGGAGGACAUGGAAAUAUCCCAUUUAAAGGACUAUUCUUGUGAGCUGACAUAAACAAAUUGUUCUCUUCAUGUGUAUGCCAGGAGCCCCAAAAAAACUGGGAUUUCAAAAUGUGAAUGUGUUUUCUUGAAAGGUUGUUUCAUGUUGUUUCUGAGGAUGCAGUUCAGUCCUUUGUCAUCUUAAUGAAUGAUUGUCAAUUCUACUGUGCCUGUGUGUUCUUUGUCUGUUUGUAUUUGCACUGAAUUUUUUGGGAAAACAAAAAGAAAUCACUUGCAUAUCUGAUGUUUUCUGUCUGCUUGCGCACUACAGGUCACACAACAACAACCCUUGGUGAUGAAACAUGGAUCACAAAGUCUGUAUAGUAGUUGUUUACCGCAAAAAUGUACACACUCAUGCACACAUGCCACAUGGAUACAUUGUAGACAUGCACCUAUAUAUGCAUGCAGACACUCUGUAAACACAAAUUCAUACAUUCAUGUAACAUGCAGACAAAUCCGUACACAUAUAUGCACAAGCACAUCCUUAAUCCACACAAACACCUGAAUACACUCACGCGCACACAAACACUUAUUCUCCGUUCUCCUUGUGUGUUUUUCACCAUUUCCAUGCCACCUUGUGAGAGUCAGAGAUCCACACUGCAGCUCUUGCUCUCAGCCGAAGGUGGGAGGAUGGGGUUUGGGGGGGUACACGAAUUACUGUGUGUGACACCACCUCUGUUUCCACCAGGUCUGAAUUUUAAAUCAAACACACCCCCCUUUUCUACCAGCAUUCUCAUCGCUUCUUCCUCUUCCUCUUCUCCCAUCCCGUCUCCCCCCCUUCCAUUUUCUCAGAUAUGAUCCCUUUCAACUCCUCUCCUCUGUCCAACCCCCACCCACCGCCUUCCCUUCUCACUUCCCCCUCCUCACCUUCCCCUCCAUUUUUCCUAUGUUGUCUUUCUCCUUUUCUUUCUCUGUACAAAGUGUUUCAAAUUUAUCAUUUGUAUAUUAUGAUGUAUGCGUAUGAUAAUGUUCUUUAUUAUGGAAAAAUGAGAAAGAUUUAUUUUUGUUACCAGUUUGUUUCAUAAUUCCUUUUUUAAAUUGGUAUUGUAAUAUCUCUAUGCAAGGAACUGUUCGGUGAAUCGUUUUUAUUUAAGAAUGUAAUUAUGUGUAAUAAAUGGUAGAAGCAG